GGGUGCGAGUGCGAGUGGCAGUUUCUUCUUGGAAUUUCAGAAAGGAAACCAAGUAGAGCGCAUCGUAUCCUGGGAGCAUUAGAAAUGGACUAAGAGCUGGGACACGUAGCAAAAGAAGAUAAGCUUUUUCUCUCAAUAGAGUUGAGUGUGCAGUGCGGCCAGCAGCCCCUGCACACAGAAGGAAGCAGGAUCGCCUCACUGUGCUGCCUCCAACACUUACUGACCCAAAAGCAGGUGCUUGCCUGAGGUGAAGCCACGGGAUCCCAGGAUCCAUAGUAUCAGCGCCGCCUGGAAGUGAUUCAUAGGCAUUGUUCAAGAAGGAAGCAGCUAAGACAACAUGAAUGAACAAAUGAAGAAAACGGCAAAGACAAGUGACCAGAAAGGGUCGGGCGGAAGAGCCCUCGACAGAAUGACCCUAAAACAAGACGAGGCGAGGCCAGUCCAGAGUACCAGAGCGGAAGCUCCCCACGUAACAUACACCUUCCACGAUGAAAGUGAGGUUAGCCUGGAGACUGAGGAGGAUGACUUCCCUGACGGAUACCUAGAGUGCAUCAUCCGAGGUGAGUUUUCUGAACCCAUUCUGGAAGAGGAUUUCCUUUUUAAAUCCUUCGAAAGCCUGGAGGAAGCGGAACAAAGCCUUUCUCGCCAGGUUCUGCAAGCCAGUUCCCUUCUCCAGUGUUCUUUGGAGUACAUGACAAAGGGGACAAAGCAAGAGAAGAGAGAGGCCACGCAAGAGGUGCCUCCACAGUCGGUUGGAGCGAGCUCACAGCUUGCAGGCGGUCCUGCAGAGAAGCCAAAGGGCGGUGUGUACUGUAGUGCCUUAUCUAUGCUGGCGUGUCCUCAAGCCGGGUGCACGAAGAAGCUGAGGGAUAAAACCGCCCUGAGGAAGCACAUGCUUGUCCACGGUCCCCGGCGGCACGUGUGUGCAGAGUGUGGCAAAGCCUUCAUUGAGAGCUCAAAACUGAAGCGGCAUUUUCUGGUUCACACCGGAGAGAAGCCAUAUCAGUGCACCUUUGAAGGCUGUGGGAAGCGCUUCUCCCUGGAUUUCAACUUGCGCACCCACAUCCGCAUCCACACCGGGGAGAAGCGCUUUGUGUGUCCUUUUGAUGGCUGCGAGAAGAGCUUUAUUCAGUCAAAUAACCAGAAGAUUCACAUCCUAACCCACACAAAGGCAGGGAAGAAAUGCUGA